ACCGAUAACAUACUGACUAAUAGGAAUAGUAUGAAAGCUGUGAAGAAAAAUUUAUAUGUGGCAACCUUGGUUGCUCUGCUUGGUCCAGUUAUGGUGGGCUACACCCUGGCAUACACAUCUCCUGCUGUACCUGACAUGGAAGACAGAGGAGUGUUGAAGACGACUGAUCAAAUAUCGUGGUUUGGUUCAUUGGUUGCCGUUGGUGCUAUAUUCGGUUGCCCGAUUGCUGGUUUUUGUGUUGGCUAUUACGGGAGAAAAAAUUCUGUGAUAUUGUGUUCUCUGCCAUUUGUGGCUGGCUACGGCAUGAUAGCAUUUUUAGAUAAUAUGACAGCACUGUACAUUGGACGUAUACUGACCGGCAUUGGAACAGGAAUGGUUACUCUCUCAACUCCGGUAUACAUAGCGGAGUUAUCAAGUCCUGAUCUGAGAGGAAUGUUAGUAGGUGGUUCUCAUUUGUUUUUAGGCGUUGGAAUGCUUCUUGUAAACGCCUUCGGAAUUUCGCUAUCUUAUGUCUGGUUGGCACUUGUUGGGUGUGCGAUAUCUACACUUUUAGGAGUACUAAUGUUAUUUAUGCCAGAAACACCGCAUUACUGCAUCAUCAAACAUGGUCGUAGCAGAGCAUUGGCAGCUCUAAAGUGGUUACGAGGCCAAGAGUAUGACGUUGAUCGGGAAUACGAGCUUAUUGCAAGUGAUAUACAUUCAAAAUCAACCGACUUUCAGUACAGAGAGUUUUUCCAGCCGAAUCUGUACAUCCCGCUAUCAAUCAGUGUAAUAAUGGGGAUGUUAAAGCAAUUCAGUGGUAAUAAUACCAUUUGGUUCUACACUGUAACUAUCUUGGAAAAAUCGUCUACUACAAUGGACAAGCAUGUAGCAGUAAUUAUCGUAAUUGUUGUUUUAGUUGUGGCAACUUUGGUGUCAAUUUUACUCAUCGACAGGACUGGGCGGAGAAUACUACUUAUAGUAGCUGGAAUUGGAAUGUGUAUAAGCUCAAGUACAUUUGGAUUGUACUACAAGUUAGAAGAAAAAAAGUUGAAUGACGCAUUCAUAAAUGACGUCAAUUUCACAGAAUCGACAUCAACGCCACCAACAUCACCAGAUCUCACAUGGUUAUCUCUUACAAGUUUGAUUGUGUACACAUUAUCGUUCUCGCUUGCUUGGGGUCCUAUCCCACUACUGAUUAUGUCAGAGAUCUUACCAGCGAGAGCAAAGGGGCCUGCAAGUGCAGUUGCCACGGCAGUCAAUUGGUUGUCUGCAUUUAUAGUAACAAAAGUGUUCUUCAAAAUGUCUGUCGUGAUGACAGACGCCGGGGUGUUCUGGUUCUAUGGAGGUGUUAGUCUUUUGAGUGUCAUCUUCGUUGCACUCUGUCUUCCUGAAACUAAAGGAAGAUCUUUAGAGGAAAUAGCAAGACAUUUUCAACGCAAUGAUACACAUUGCCGUAAUCAUUGCGUCUGAUAUAUGAUUAUGGAUAGGGUCGUAGUUAAAAAUGAUAGUGAUGAUGAUUUUAAUGAUA